CUUUUUGGAAUCAUUUCAUCUUAUCGUUAGUUUUGUUCGAGGAACUGUUUACGCGUUAUCGAACAAAACCGACGAAAGCUUUGACAAUUCUGCUUUCUUAGGCUUAUAUUAUCAACCACCGGGUCAAUCAACUCGUUUACUUUUCUUCGGUCUUCUCUGCCUCCACUGAUAUAUCUUUGAUAUUUCCGCAUCAAUAAUGGCAGAGAGAGAGAGAUACAUAACAAGACAACUUACUGCUGUUUUUAAACUCUCUGUCUGAUUAAAUACCACAAGUCCAACAAAGGUUCGAGAAACAGAGACGUUUCCAGAAGAAUCAAAGCUGUUUUUUUCUUCUCCUUAUUCUUUGAUCUAAUUAGCUUCAUUGCAAAACAGAGGGAUUACUCUGUUUUUGGAGGGAUUACUCUGUUUCUAAAGUUGCUGGAUCGAAAGUUCUGAUAUUUGAUUCCUGAGGCUUAUAGUUUUUUAGUUCUGCUCUUUGUGUAGUAUCAAUAGCUACUAGAUUUGGAAGUGUUUUUAGAGAUGGAUGAGAGUAACCAUGGAAGUUCAUCAUCAUCAAGCUCACUCCCACCUUUCCUUACCAAAACGUAUGAGAUGGUUGAUGAUCCCUCAUCAGAUUCAAUUGUCUCGUGGAGCCAGAGCAACAAGAGUUUCAUCGUUUGGAAUCAGGCAGAGUUUUCUAGAGACCUUCUUCCCAGAUUCUUCAAACACAACAACUUCUCAAGCUUUAUCCGACAGCUUAACACAUACGGUUUUAGAAAAGCUGAUCCUGAGAAAUGGGAGUUUACUAAUGAUGAUUUCGUGAGAGGCAAACCUCAUCUUAUGAAGAACAUUCAUAGACGCAAACCUGUUCACAGCCACUCUUUACCUAAUCUCCAAUCUCAGCAAAACCCGUUGACGGAUUCAGAACGGCAGAGAAUGAACAGUCAGAUCGAGAGACUGACCAAGGAGAAAGAAGUGUUGCUUGAAGAGUUACAUAAACAAGAGGAGGAACGAGAGUUGUUUGAGCAGCAAGUUAGGAAACUCAGAGAUCAGUUACUACACAUGGAGAAGCGUCAGAAAACAAUGGUUUCCUCUGUCUCUCAGGUAUUGGAGAAACCAGAGCUUGCUCUGAAUCUAUCUCCGUGUCUACCCGAAAAAAACGAGAGGAAAAGAAGGUUCCCUAGGGCUGCAUUAGAGACGAUGUUGGAAGAGAACCACCAGACAAGUGGUGUUGUGAGAGAGGAAGGAUCUACAAGCCCUUUCUCACACGAUGCAACUGAGCAUCAGGUGGAACAGUUGGAGUCAUCGAUAGCGAUUUGGGAGAAUCUUGUAUCGGAUUCUUGUGAGAGUAUGGCACAACAAUCAACAAGAAACAUGAUGACACUUGAUGUGGAUGAAUCAUCUACUUGUCCUGAAAGCCCUCCUCUUUCUUGCAUUCAGCUAAGUAUCGAUAUACGUCUUAAAUCUCCUCCCUCUCCAAGGACCAUUGACAUGAACUCUGAUCCUGAUGUUUCGAAAGAACAGAACAGUGUUGCUCCUGCUCCAGCAAUAGGAGCGAAUGAUGUCUUCUGGCAGCAGCUUUUGACAGAGAACCCUGGCUCGGAGCAACGGGAAGUUCAAUCAGAGAAAGCUGAAGAUCGCAGUGAGAAAUGUUGGUGGAACUCGAGGAAUGUAAAUACAAUAACAGAGCAGCUUGGACAUCUGACUUCUUGAGAGAGAAGUUAUCAGUGAUCUCUACUUUAGAUCUGUUUUUUUUUUAGUUUCUUCUGCUAUAGGUUUCUUUGUUUUUAUGCAUUUGGGUCCGUCUUUGAUCAUUAAUGUAUGUCCUUUGAGUUCAUGUCAGGAGACUACUCUACAACAUUAAUCUUGCAGGGGAACUGUAGAAGUUUAACCUAAAAAAAAUAUGCAACAGGGGUCGAAACAUAUUGCAGAAAAGCAAAAUGUUACAAGGCAUGGUAUGUGUUGCGCAUUGGACAUUUGUAGCAUACAAACCGAAAUUGUGAAAUCCGAAAACACUUGAAAAAUAUCAAAGAUAAAUGUGAAUGGUUUCCAAG